UUUAUGCUUGACAGAUUUUGUUUUAAUACGUUUAACACGAAAGUGGAUAAAAUGGCAGGCUUACAGGGACUUUCAAAAGAAGUAUUUAAAACGGCAUUUGAUAAAGUCACGUUACAAGGACUUUCAGAUGAGUGGGAGAUAAAGUUACUGACGCACGAUAUGCAAGAUGCUGCCAUCUUGUUUAUGAAAGAAAAUUUCGUUCCACAUGAACCACUGAUUCAAAUUUUUGGUGUACAAUGGAAUGAAGGAGCUGAACAGUACUGGAAAGCAGUAUUUGAACAAAGGGUUACUUUAGUUCUUACAAGUAAAGUAAGCGGCGAAAUAAUCGCUAUACGUGGAAUUGAAAUUGUCAGUAAAACUGACCGGAUAAGUACAGAAAAGAUAUCAGACGAGCGCCUUCGUAAUUUACUGGAGUAUUUAAACUACUGCGACGACCAGGCUAAAUUCUUUGAGUAUUACAGAACUGACGAGGCAAUUCAUUUUUCGGGUCUUGCUGUAGCUAAGUUAUACAGGCGUAGAGGGAUUGCGACAUUACUCUUAAGAUGUGCUGUUGACAUGGUCGAAAACUUGGGUUUAGAGCAUGUUUAUAUUAAAGGGGAAGCGUCAUCGGAUUAUUCGAAGAAGAUAUAUGAAAAAUUGGACUUUGAAACGCUUUAUGAACAAAUUUAUGAAGAAUAUGACAUAACCGGGAAACAAAUAAAGAAUAAAAUAGGUGAACACAAGUCUAAUAAAGUAUAUGGCAAGUGUAUAAAACGGUUUAAAUGUGCAGAUGGGAUUUGACACCCGUCAUAUAUAGUGUAUAUAAACGGGAAUCCGUGCAAUCGGAAACAAAGACAUCUCGCAAGGCCAAGUUCUGCGACAGAAAUGAUCUAUGACGUCAUCAGAACGGCGGCCAAGUUUAAAAAGUAAUUUUGCUUAUCUUAACAUUCACAUAAAUUACUACGCAAUAUUAUCUUUUAUCCUUGAAUAUUUGUUGUCAAUAUAAUAACACUACUGCAGUAUAUAAAUAAUCAAAUGAUGUGAAAUAAUCAAACUAUAUGUUUCCUUACCCACUUUACUUUGAACAGAUUGUUCUUUUCAUUUAAUUUGUUUGUUUCAUAUAAGUUAUACUGUCGAAAUGUACGAAUAUCAUCAUAAUAAGUAUCCCAAUAAAGUUGUGGCUUUA